AUGACGACCGCGUAUCAAUGGGAGAAUUCAGCACAGGUAGUCAAGAGUUUGACUACGACGAUGACAUGCUCCCGAUGGACGGAGGUGGAUUUAGGGGUAGAUAUUUUCAUCGAUUAUGCACGCGAUGGUCAUGGUGAAGUAAUUGCAUCAAGUGAUCGUCUGGUGCUGUCGAGAGUGUUUUCCGAUCCAAAAUGGUCUCAGAAUAGAGCUGUGACAGGAAUUGCUUUCUCAGAACAACAUCCAGAACUGGUUGCAGUGUCGUAUGACUUCAACAAAGACAUUCCCUCUGAGCCUCCUGGUGUCGUGCUUAUAUGGAAUACCAAGUUUAAAAAGGACUCUCCAGAGUACGUAUUCCACUGCCAAUCGCGGUUAGCGUCCGUUGCGUUGGCACGCUUUCAUGCGCAUCUCAUCAUGGCCGGGUGCUAUUCUGGUCAGAUCUGCAUGUGGGACAAUCGAGUCGCCAAUAAGAAAACUCCUAUUCAUAAGGUAUCCAUAAGUACGGACGGAAAAAUGUGCAGCUGGAAUGUGGAUAACCUGACUCAACCAGUUGAUGGCAAAGAGCUGCUAUCAAAUGGCGAAAAGGAAAACAGAUCCCGUGCCUAUGUAUGUCUUUUCCGGUAG